AUGGUCGACCAACACGAUGUCGAAGACUUGUCCAACCAAGCCGAUCAUCUAGGUGAUAAUUCGGCUUCUGUAAUAUCUGCCUUAACCGAUAGCCCUACAGAGAAAGAUGCAGCGGUUCAAAACAUCAAAAACGUGUUUGAGUUUGAGGAGUUCAUUGACCGCCUGGGUUACAACCGGGCAGCAUUGGACGCCUUGAAAAUGGUUGAUCUCCAAAACUUGGGAAGUACCGCUACCAAAGAGACAAGCAGUUCAAAUCGUGCUGCCAACGUGUCUGAUGUCUCGUCAAGCGUACCUCAGCUGGAUACCCUAUACCACAUUGCAUAUAACCCAAACGAAAAAGCGAAACGUCUAGGAAGACCAAGGAAACAUUUGGGUGCCACAGAUCAAACUUCUUCUGGUGACACUGCACUGCAGAAUCUUGAAACCUCGAAACUACUAAAAUUUCGGCUCGAUAAUAUGCCUUUAGAAGGUCCUGGGUCCCGUGGAGGCAGCCCUGAUGAUAGAAAAAGAGUGGGCGUGCUCACAGAGUCUGCUGCUACCAAGAAACGCAAGCAAUCCUUGCUAAAUUUUGCUACAAUGAAUGAUCAUACAUCCGUUGGGCUUCAAACUACUUUUGAAACGAACAAUUCUCCGAGCGAAACGGAGCCUGAGCCGUUGAAGUCAGAACAACUGUCCGCGGUCAUAUCUGAAGCGGAACCUCCUUCAGUUGCUGAGCUGGCCGGAAGUCAUCCUGAUUCGGAACCAGAGAUUGUUCUGGAGUCAGUGAAAUCUGAGCCUGCUCUGCUGGAUCUGACUACUGCAUCCACAGAGGUGAAGAAUCAGACCGAUGAGCCAAUAGAAGAGCUUGAACGGCCAACGAAGAAGGCUGCUCAACCUCAUACAAAUGGCAAAGCCAAGCCCAAAGAGACAAAAACACGAAAGGUGACGCUAAAGUUCAAGAAUAAGAUUACUAGAACUUCCAUCGUUCGCGAGAAGAAUAGAAUAACAAGAACUUACCCUGGACCUUUAGUGGCUGUUCAUUAUGACCUUUACGACGACAAUCUAUUUGAAGCACAGGAGAAUUCUACCGUGGCUCAAGAGCCAAUUGCACUCGGCUUCAACGUAAAGCGGAAUCCAUAUCUGGGUGACGUCAUUUUCAUCAUGGCAUUUCUAGCUAAGUUUCCUGAGAUCCUCUACGUCGGUCAUAUUGGCCCGCAAGACAUAGAAGAUGGAUUAGGCCUCUCGAAAGGCUCCAAACAAACAGAGGAAGGAAAUGAGGAACUACCUGGAGUCUCUCCUCUAAUGGACAAUUUGUUCUGCAAGCUACUCACAUUAGUCCUCAACAGAAAGAAGAUCAUCACGCCUGGAAACUAUAAGAGCGGCAUACAGGACCUCCGAUCCAAUUACAUUGGUUUCGGUUUGCCCGAGGAAUGGCGAGAUGACUCGUUCACGAGAAUUGUAUCGUCAUUGCCUGUUGAUUCAGCUGAUCACGUUGAUCCAUCUAAACCAGCCGUCUCUGAGGAGGAUAAUUAUGAGUAUCUGGCUCCACUGGAAAAGCUCAAUCCUAUGCAUGAGAAGGCGUUCGAAGAUUACGGACUUGCAGGCAUUCCGAACCCCGUUGAUAGAUUGAUCAUGAUGCGCUGCUUGGUCAUCUGGAGUCUUUCGGCGUCUAACGUUUUGAAAGCUCAUCUUGCACUGGUUGUUAACAAACAAGAAAUUGCAGGAGAGAAAGACACUCUUUAUGCAUCAAGACCUAUUCUCAAGGGCUUCACUCAGACUAUAGAUCUCAAGAAAGACCUCGAGGCUAAACUAGCCAAAAAAGGCAAGACCACCGCUUCUCCCCAGGGAACCCCCGAUCCUGACUCUACUCAGCGCUAUAUCGACCCAACUUCCGAUCCUGUGGUUCAUCCCAUGGCAUUGCGUCUCAAUGAAUUUAUUGUGGGGGAUUGUGGAUUUCGAAUUGGUCGAUUCUACUUGGUUCGUAUGGCCGACCCUUCAGGUGGUGGACUUUCUAGUGUUGACAAAAUGAAAGCGGUUGCAAAGGACCCCACGGGAAUCAAGCUUAGCAUCCCCUCAAAAUUUAAACUUUACGUUGAGGAUGUUCACUCAGUUCUCUUAGAUUCUUUACGAGUGUUUGGAGUUGAGUUUGAUAAGCAUGGAAAUGAGGUACAUAUGCCCCCCAGAUACGAUGACACGAAGCAUUGGUAUGAAGUGGCGAGCAACGGAGCUGAACUAACAGCAUUUACAAAACACUUGGCCCAGAGGCUAGGAUUGGCAGCUGGUGAUUCAGGCAAUAUCACGACAAUUUCUCAAAACAGCAUCGCAUACAAGCCAAUUCUUUACAUGUAUCAAUAUCUAUCCUUGGUUGCUCCACUAUUGGAAAGUUUUGAACGCAUGGAACAAAGCGCUGGCUCAGGAGGAUCUAGGUCUGCAAAGAAAAAGGUUGAUUACAAUGUCUCAAAUUCUAGCUCGUACGCGAACGCUUUUGAGGAAGGUUACGAGGAGCACUUGCCCGAUGACGAUGAUGACUCUUACGACGAGGGAGAUGCAGCAGAUUACGACGACGAAGAAUAUCUGGAAUAG